CUGGGUGAGACACAGUGAAGUCACAUGUACGUUGAGUACACCAAUCAAACCAAUCUCACAAUAAUUAAAGAUCUACUCGUAAAAAAAUCAAGAAUGCCUUCUCUCACAAUUGCUACAAAUGUUCCUCGAGAUGCUAUCCCCAAGGACUUUAUAAAGGAUGCUGCUGAAGUGUUUCAGCAGGCAAUAGGCAAACCAAUAAAGUGGGUAUCUGUGCAUGUGCAGCCUGAUCAGAUGAUGAGCUUUGGCGGGACUGAGGAACCGUGUGCCUUGAUGUCAAUCACCUCCGUCGGCAAUCUAGGUGUUGAGGAAAACAAGAAGAUUUCUGCAUCCAUCUUCAAGUUGAUCAAGGAAAAGCUCAGCAUUGAAGGAACUAGGGCGUAUCUUGAGUUCCAUGAUGCACAACGUUCGGAAAUAGGAUACGAUGGCACCACUUUUGCCAAGUGAAUUAUUUAUGGACAGAUAAUCUCUCUCCUGAUUUCUAUAGUAUGUGUUAUUUGUGAAAAUUAGUAGGCUAUCUUAUUUGAUCUUAAUAAGUUGUUGGGUUUUCCCUU